AUGCAGAUUGUUGAGAAAACUAUCAAUCAGUCUCUGAGUAAAUUACAAGGAAUGGGAGCUUAUGAUCAAGGUUCUAACGAGGUUGCUCUGACCUUGGAUUCUACAAGGAAGAGGAAGACACGGAGUAGGCGGGAUGGAACCUCUGUGGCAGAGACACUAGAAAAGUGGAAGGAAUAUAACAAACAACUGGAAUCUGACAAUAACGAGGGGAAAACACGUAAAGUCCCGGCCAAGGGAUCAAAGAAAGGUUGUAUGAAAGGCAAGGGAGGGCCCGAUAAUUCGCGCUGCAAUUACAGAGGUGUGAGGCAGAGGACAUGGGGCAAGUGGGUUGCGGAAAUUCGAGAGCCCAACAGGGGAAGCAGACUCUGGUUAGGAACUUUUCCAACUGCCCUUGAUGCUGCUCUUGCCUACGAUGAAGCUGCCAAGGCUAUGUAUGGUCCAGCUGCUCGCCUCAACCUCCCGAAUGUGGCAAAUUAUCCUUCUUGGAAGGAAUCUUCACAGGAGACUUCCUCGGCCACAACUCCAUCAGGGUCUUCUGCAGUGGCAACUCCAGGAUGCUCUGGAUCCACUACAUCAUCAAAUCACUCUGAGGUUUGUGCAGAUGAGGAUUCCAAGGGUUUCCUUGAUGUGAAAACUGAGAAUGGUGAAGGCGAAUCGGCAAUUCAUGAUUGGUCCAAUGCACUCAAUCAAGCCCUGGUGAAGGAAGAAACAAGGGAUGAGUUUACUCAGGGUUACUUUCACAAUGAUCAACCGGCCGUCAAACCAGAAGCAUAUGUUGGGGAUUUUAAUUGGGCUGGUGGACCGUAUACUGGGGAUUAUUUGGAGAACUUUACAGAGGAGGAGGUGUUUGAUGUGGAUGAGCUAUUGAAUCCUUUAGACGAUACUCCCGUUCGAAAUCCUGAGCCAGAACAAGGUCUAGGAUCUGAUGUUGGUCAGCCUGGGUGCUCGGGCAUGCACCCUUAUGGGUGUGAUAGGCCAUCGAACUUGUCGUACCAGCUGCAGUUUCCAGAUGCCAAGCUGCUUGGGAGUCUCAACCACAUGGAGCAGGGCCCUUCGGGUGGCGAAUACAAUUUUGAUUUCUUGAAGAGGGAUGGUGUUACUGGCGAAGAUGAUCAAGGAUACUACAAUCUGGGAUUGUCUGACCUAGGCUUGGGAGAUUUCACUGGAGGAACAAUGCAACCGGAAGACGGAAGUUAUAACUUUUCGAUGGAUAUGUGA